AUGCCAAGCGCUGCCGCUGAGAAGCUAACGGGAUACAGUAUCAAACAGCAUAUCACAGCCCAGCUACAGCUCUCCCCAACGCAGCUAUUAGACGCCCGCCGUAUCCCUAGCGGCUGGUCUGUCAUACUUGACAAUAUCACUACCAGAGAUAAGAUCCUCGCCAAACAGGCUCAGUGGCUUCCAGGCUUGAAGGCAGAGGUGGCUGACAAGAAGGAAACGUGGCAUACAUAUGUAGUAGACAAUGUACCCCGUACUCUCCAUGAUAUUAUGGGAAACGCCACUGGCGUUCUCCAAGCAGCAAAAGACGAAAUCGUCGCCCAGACCAAGCUACAGCCCGUAGAAUUCCACAUUGCGCGGAAAGACACCGGCUCCCUGCCUAAUAGAAGGUGGAACGCCCAUGGCGACUGUUUAGCUGUAGCAACCUCGCUCGUAUCAUCCAGAGACGUCCCAAAAUCACUCAAUGCCAGCAAUGCUGGGGGCACCACGGCACCAUGGUAUGCACCAGAACGCCCUGCUGCAGAAAUUGCGGAAGCAGAGACCAUGGCGCAGAAACCUGCGUACUACAACCCCGAUGCGCCAAUUGCCUAG